UUUGCAAAAGUAUAUUCAGCUAUAUGGAAAGAUGGACCAAUUAAAAAGUGGAGUCAAUUUUCUAAUAAUUGGAAAAGAAAUGAAUCGACAAAAAUCGCUUUAAAAGUAUUGAAUAAUUCAAAAAAUAUAAGUGGAGAUUUUCUAAAUGAGAUAAAAUUUCAUAACGAAGUUAGUGGUUAUAUGUGUAUAAUAAAAUGUUUUGGAAUUACUCAAGAUCCUAUUACUAACAAUUAUGCGUUAGUAUUACAAUAUAUGGAAAAUGGUGAUUUACGAAAAUAUCUUGAACGAACUGUUAAUAUAAUUACAUGGGAUCAAAGAUUAAAUAAAAUAUAUGAUAUUUGUCUUGCACUUAAUAAUAUUCAUAUUCAUGGGUUAAUUCAUAAAGAUCUUCAUCCAGGAAAUAUUUUUAUUGAUCCUACAUUUGCAUAUAUUGGAGAUUUUGGAUUUUGCAUGCCAGCAAAAGAAAAUUUAUCAAAUUCUACAAAAAAGAAUAUUUAUGGAGUAAUGCCAUAUAUGGCACCUGAAAUAUUACGUGGAAAACCACAUACAUUAGCAUCUGAUGUAUAUUCAUUAGGUGUGAUCAUAAAUGAAAUAAUUACAGUAACUCCUCCAUUCAAUAAUGAACCACAUGAUCAUUUUCUCGUACUGGAUAUUUGUCGAGGUUUACGUCCAAAUAUUAGAGAAGAAACUCCAACUUCUUUAAAAGAAUUAAUUAAAAAAUGUUGGGAUGCAAAUCCAGAUAACCGUCCAACUUCUGGAGAAGUAUUUCAUAUAUUAUCUUAUCAUUUAAAUACAUACAAAAGUAUUCCAUUAAAAAGAUUAUCAUAUAAUUUUAACGAAUCA